AUGUCUGUCACUCCUUCGAGUGUUGUGUUUUCUACUCCUUUUGGAGUUACGCCUACUAUUUCUUCAAGCAUUAUGUCUGUUGCCCCUUUGGGUGUUACAUCUACUACUUCUUCAGAUAUUACGUCUGUUAUCUCUUCAAAUAUCAAGCCUGUAUCUUUGGCUUUUGUGGAUGCUGCUCUUUUA